UCGGGGAAACCGGAAGUCCGCUGUUUGAAGCAGCGGGCCUUGAGGAGUUGUUUCUCUGGAUCGUGUAUUUUUUUUUCCUUUUUUUAUUGUUUGGGACGGUGAAGGAGACAGGCAGCGGCCUGGGUGCGGGCCAACAUGUCGAUCGAAAUCGAAUCGGCGGAUGUUGUCCGUCUGAUCAUGCAGUACUUGAAGGAGAAUAAUUUGCAUCGGACCCUAGCAACUCUGCAAGAAGAGACCACAGUGUCUUUAAACACUGUGGACAGUAUUGAGAGUUUUGUAGCAGAUAUAAACAGUGGCCACUGGGACACUGUAUUACAGGCCAUACAGUCACUGAAGCUGCCUGAUAAAACACUUAUUGAUUUGUAUGAACAGGUGGUUUUAGAGCUGAUUGAACUUCGUGAGUUAGGUGCUGCUCGAUCUUUGCUUCGACAGACUGACCCCAUGAUUAUGCUAAAACAAACCCAACCAGAGAGAUAUAUUCAUCUGGAGAACCUGUUAGCAAGAUCCUACUUUGAUCCACGUGAGGCUUACCCAGAUGGCAGUAGUAAAGAGAAGCGAAGAGCAGCCAUUGCUCAGGCUUUGGCAGGGGAAGUCAGUGUAGUGCCCCCUUCACGUCUCAUGGCUUUGUUGGGUCAGGCAUUAAAAUGGCAGCAACACCAGGGGCUUCUGCCUCCAGGUAUGACAAUUGACUUGUUUAGAGGUAAAGCAGCUGUGAAAGAUGUUGAAGAGGAGAAAUUCCCAACUCAACUCAGCAGACACAUCAAGUUUGGUCAAAAGUCCCAUGUAGAGUGUGCUCGAUUCUCGCCAGAUGGCCAGUAUCUUGUUACUGGUUCUGUGGAUGGCUUUAUUGAAGUAUGGAACUUCACCACUGGCAAAAUUAGAAAAGAUCUAAAGUACCAAGCACAAGAUAACUUCAUGAUGAUGGAUGAUGCAGUUCUUUGCAUGUGUUUCAGUCGUGAUACUGAAAUGUUGGCAACAGGAGCACAGGAUGGAAAGAUUAAGGUGUGGAAGAUUCAGAGUGGUCAGUGCCUACGCCGAUUUGAACGUGCUCACAGUAAGGGAGUUACCUGCCUGAGCUUCUCCAAAGACAGUAGUCAGAUUCUCAGUGCCUCCUUUGAUCAGACCAUUCGGAUUCAUGGUCUGAAGUCUGGAAAAACCUUAAAGGAAUUUAGAGGUCAUACAUCAUUCGUUAAUGAAGUAACAUUUACACAAGAUGGACAUUACAUUUUGAGUGCAUCAUCGGAUGGUAGUGUAAAGAUCUGGAACGUGAAAACAACAGAGUGUGCAAAUACUUUCAAGUCAUUGGGCAGCUCUGCUGGUACUGAUAUCACAGUGAACAGCGUACACCUGCUGCCAAAGAAUCCUGAACAUUUUGUAGUGUGUAAUCGGUCAAAUACAGUAGUCAUCAUGAAUAUGCAGGGACAGAUUGUGAGAAGCUUUAGCUCUGGUAAAAGAGAGGGAGGUGACUUUGUGUGUUGCUGUCUGUCUCCACGUGGUGAAUGGAUCUAUUGUGUUGGUGAAGACUUUGUGUUAUACUGUUUCAGUACAGUGACUGGAAAGCUGGAAAGAACUUUGACGGUUCAUGAAAAAGAUGUUAUUGGAAUUGCUCAUCAUCCACAUCAGAACUUGAUUGGUACCUACAGUGAAGAUGGUCUCCUUAAACUCUGGAAACCUUAAAGAAAUAGCUUGUUUUUAAAUCUUUAUCUACUGACACCUAUAACUCAGAGCUUUCUCCAGAAUAUCCUGUUGCAGUACAAUUUUAAAGCUCUCACAUUCCCCCAUUCCAACUGUAUAAUGUUUGACAUAGAUUGAUAUGGUGAACCUCAGUUUAAGGCAUGUAAUUAAUGCACCUAGUAACUGUAUUUGCAGUGUCUUUAGGAUGUUUUGUUGGAGCCAAGAUCAUCAUAGAGUUCAACAGUGAGGAAUUUUAAAAUAAAUUCAACAUUUUGAAGGUGA